AUGUCAUUCAAAGCAACCAUCAAAGACUCCGAAUCGCGGCAGAUAUGGUGCAAAGCCAUCACCUCGCUCUCCACAGUGGCCGAUACUCUAAAGUUUGUGAUCACCAGUAAAUUCAUCAGCAUUUCUGCCCUCAAUACCGCAAAAACCUCUAGCCUUGACGUAUCUUUUGUCAGCGGGUUUUUCGAUAAAUACUCGUUGAAGUUCGAUAACCCCGAGGAAGUGUACCAGGAAGGGUUCACAUUCCAUAGAAAAGAACAAGCAAAGAAAAAUCAGCAGCAACCCCGAACCUACCAACCAACGGAACUUGUCAAUGACGAUAUAGAAGAAGAUAAAGAAGAUACUCCAGAAACUUCGACGUAUAGUUUUGUGAUCCAAGCUCGAUUCUUAUCGGUGAUUUUCCGGACACCAGAUGACGAUGAGUACAGUUUCUCCAUCAAUCUCCGGCGUGGGUGCCCCAUGACUCAACGAUUUCGAUUAUUGAUCCAAAAGACUUCCAAAAGAAAAGUGAAGAAACAUUUCAGUCCUGGAUUCCAGCCGUGUUAUUUAGACCAAAACGAUAUGGGGAAACUGUAUAAACGGAGACUUAGCCGCUUGUGGAGUGAGUAUUUCUUUAACGAUGACGACGACGAUUUUAGCAUACCCAGUCAUUUGCAACCCCGUGAUAAAUUGGCAGUGGCAAUGGAAGAAUCCUCUUACGAGGCCAAUGAUCCGUUAAACUAUCUAAUCUUGGACAAUGUCAUCAUUAAGAAGUUUUUCGAAGUGACCCCCGCCACCAUUGAGGAUUUCCAGAUCAAUAUCAAGAGGCCUCCAAAUCGACUUUUCUUCAUUGCGUUCUUGAAGCCGGUGAAGAAGGAUAAGGUGUAUAUUCGCCAGCCAAUGUCGUUACAUGUAUCAUUAGCAUUGGAUGACAUAAUUGACUCUUUCUUAUAUAAAGGGGAUACUGAGCACGAUCAGCUGCUGAAUGACGAAGUUGAAGAAAUCAAAGUUACUUUCCGGUUGAAAGAAUUGCGAACUUUUAUUAAUUUGUCAUCGAUGGUGGUGGUGAGCGGUAAUAAUAAUGGUCGUUCGGUGCAAAAUUUCGAUGAUGAUCAUCAUCACCAUCCCCCAGGGGCUCUGGAUGAAAAUAAUGGCGAAAAUAACACGUUUGAGAUAUUCUUUGCGAGAAAUGGCUCUCCCGUUAUAUUUGAAUCGAGCCUUAAAAGGGGAUUAGUGAGAUUAAAAUUGACAGAAUUGACGGAUGUCGAUGGAACAAUAACCAUCGACCAAUCAACAGAAGCGAUGAAUGCGGUUAGAAAUAAUGAAAAACAACAAUUACAAGCCCCCAAGAUCAUUAGAGGCGCCACGAAUCCAAAGAGACGGAAAACCACUAGGGGGCCUACGAUGUUGGCCAAUAAUGAACCCAUCGUGGAUGAUGAACCGAAUAUUCCAACGAGACCGAUGUUUGUUGUACCGCUGCCUCCUGAUCAAGUACACGAUGUCAAUAAGGACAGAAUUAACGCGCUUCUUGAACGCAAAGAAAACCAUUUGUUCGUUGAUCAGCAACUAUCAUCGCCAUUGCAGAGCUCCUACAUUAACCCAAAGAAGCGACCUGAUAGAUUAAUGGGGAAAUCUUCGGUAUCUGCAUUGACAUCGAUGUUUGAUGGUGGCAAUAUCAAUGCUCUUGACAAGGAAGAGGAGUUUGAGGCCACGGUAACAUGGAAUAACAAUGCUGAUGUUAGAGAAAAAGAACUACAGAAGAACAAGCGAAAGUUAUUGGUGGUGGAUGAUAACGAAGACGACAAUGAUGAAGGAAUUGGCAGGACCCAGCAUGUCCCAAAGGCCAAAGGGUUGUUCGACAGCAUUACGUAA